UAAAGAUCCCUGAGCUAACAGUAACAGAGUUCAUCAUCAGCUUCAACAGCUUGUGUUCAGGAUGGCCAGCCAUGUUAUACCUGUUGAAAACGUAGGAAGCGGCUUCACCAUCUUCAUCCAUGUGAUCCCACCACAAACAGCUCCAGGGGGGCUCCAGGAAGUUUCCACUCUCAGAGAGCCAAAAGCACUGGGGACUGUCCAGAUACUGAUUGGGAUUGUGACCUAUUUGUUUGGGAUUGUGUCAGCAGUCCACUUUAACACUGUGUCCGGCUGCAGUGACAUCAGCCGCUGGGGAUCAAUGAUCGUGAGAAGUUCCCUGGUGAUGAAUAUAAUCAGUGCUGUGGCUGCAGGAGUAGCCAUCGUUCUGCUGUCUAUCGACAUGACUCCUUAUUUAUAUUACCACUUUACCUAUCAGGCCGUGUUUAUUAUCAGCAAUCCUGAAACACACAAUCUGGCUGAGGAAAACGCUUAA